UUCAAGAGCGGGCGGGAAAAAAAGGUGUCCAUGGCGGGCAGUGACCAUCUGGAUGAGGUGCUGGCGGAGGUGGGCUACGGCAGGUGGCAGGUGCCCAUCGUGGUGCUCAGCCUGGCAAUCCAUGCCAUGGUCCCGGUGCAUCAGCUCGGGUCCACGCUGCUGAGUUCUCCCGUCGACUUCCGUUGCCUUCACCCCCACGCCUCGCCCGCCCUCGCUGCCAACGACAGCGAGGGGAGUGGGUACCAGACAGAUCUGCCUGCCGUCGACCUGCCCGAAUUUCCAAGCCUCUGUCUCGAUCCUGCCAACCUGUCCGCUGCCUUCCACCCUGCCAACACGACUGUCAGUAAAGUCAGCCUCACACGGAUCUCCACUGGCAUACCGUCCUGUCCGGAGGUUGAAUAUGACACCUCCGUUUUCACCUCGACUAUAAUUACAGAGUGGCACCUGAUUUGCGAGAGGACGCCGUGGAGGACGCUGUUCCCGAUGAUGUAUCCCAUCGGGUCUCUGGUCGGGAGCGCCGUCGGGGGAUACUUCAGCGACAGGAUCGGCCGAAAGUUAACAUCCAGAAUCGGCGUCCUGCUCGCCCUGCCCACGUGCCUCGGGAUCACUGUAGUGCCCUGGUUCAGCGUCAUGUUGGCCAUGAAGAUGCUGGCAGGAUUUGCGGCGAUUUUCGUGUUCUAUCCGUGCUACAGCCUCGCCGCCGAGACGUCGCCGCCACGGUACAGAGGCCCCACCUUAAUGCUCCUCUCCAUGGCCUUCUUCGUGGUCAUGACGGCGUUCGGGGCCCUCGGCUACGUGGUGACGGCGUGGAGGGUCCUCUGGCUCGUCUGCAACAUCCCUCUCUUGCUCGCGGUGCCGAUGACCAUGUUGAUCGACGAGUCUCCACGCUGGCUGAUUCAGAAGGGCUUCGGGGCAGAGGCGGCCGCGGUGCUCGAAAAGGCGGCACUGAAGAAUGGCGUCCAACUUUCAGACGGAACCAACUCGUAUCUGGAGAAGCUCAAGCUGCUGAGCACGAGUUCCGGAGCAGCAACCACAGGGGAUGGAUGCCAGUGCUCCUGGCUCUCGAAUGCCUUAUCUUAUCUCCGGUCGCCUGCCAUGCGCCUCGUCCUUUUGGUCACGCCCUUGGUCUGGCUCUUCCAAAGGAUGGUGUACGUGGGCAUCAUCCUCAGUGCCAACAACUUCACCAGUAACAGCCCCUUCGAGUUCGUGAUCAUUUCCGGCGGAAUCGGUGGGAUAACGGUCUUUCUGACGACGCCCGUCAUGAUGAAGCUCGGCAGGAAGACCAUCAUCGUUGGGGCUUUCCUCACCAGCACCAUCAUGCUGCUCUGCGACUUGGCUGUGCCCGCAGAACACUGGUGGCUCAAAUGGAUCCUCGUCCUGGGCGCCUUCUGCCUCUCCGUCGGGGCCUUCCAGGUUAACUACGUGUUCGCCGCUGAGCUGAUGCCGACGGUGAUUCGAACUCGCGGCUUCACACUGUGUAAUCUCGUGGGCUGCAUUGGGGAGGCGCUCGUCCCUAUUAUAACGGAAAUGGUGAGUCGCUACGCAUGGUGGGCCUCCAGCGUGUGUUUCGGGAUCGCGGGCAUUAUGGCAAGUGUCCUGGUGACCUUGCUUCCGGAGACGAAGGGGAGGUCACUGCCGGAGAGCAUCGCGGACGUCGAGGAGAGACACAGUAGCAUCAAGAACAAAGACACAGACAAAGACACAAAGAAAGAAAAGGGUCUUGUAUGAUAAACAGACAGAUAGAUAGAUUAAAAAAAAAAACAGGGAACAAACAAAGACACAGACAAAGACACAAAGAAAGAAAAAGGGUCUUGUAUGAUAAACAGACAGAUAGAUAGAUUAAAAAAACAAACAGUGAACAACAAAGAUACAGACAAAGACACAAAGAAAGAAAAAGGGUCUUGUAUGAUAAACAAACAAACAGAUAGAUUUAAAAUAAAACAGUGAACAAACAAAGACACGAACAAAGACACAAAGAAAGAAAAAAAAAGGUGUUGUAUGAUAAACAAACAAACAGACAGAUAAAAUAAAACCAUAUAAUACUCUUAAACGAAGAAACAGCCAAGAAGAAGAAUAAACUGUGUUGAUCAUUUCUUUUGACUUCUGUUGAUAACGGUUGCAGAUAAUAAUCUUUCUGAUAUCCGUAAGAGGAGAAGGAAGGACAGUAACACAGUAAAUAAUAAUAAUAAUGCUAAUAAUAAUAAUAAUGCUAAUAAUAAUAAUAAUAAAGGAAGAUAGGAGAGGAAAUAAUAUGAAUUUUAUAUAUAUAUAUGAGUAUGAUAUUUGUCGUGUUGUGAUACUGAUGUUAAAAAACAAUAGCUUAUCUUUAACAUAUAUUGCAAGCAAAUUCCCAAAAUGUAUCAUCUAUCAAAAGAUCAAAUAAAUAUGUAUAAUCAUUUUGUAAAGAAGAAAUUUUAAUUGGGUCUGUAAAAUGCAAUGAUUGUAUCUCUUCCAAUUCAAUGCGUUUUAUAAAAAUGUAAACCAAAAUCAACUUAUCAGAGCCCUUUUGAACAUCCGGCAAAUAAACGUGCAAUAUUA